UCGUGAGGAGGAGGGGUUAUUUUUGUUGUAUUUCCUGGCUACCUGCUGUCACAGCCGCGGAUAGUGCUGCAAAAUGGUCAAGUGUAUGGUUCCAGAUUGUAGGAAUUAUUCAAAUCCGAUCAGGAAGAAAGUUUUCCAUCGUUUGCCGGUUUCCAAUCCGGUUUUGUGCAAGCGAUGGUUGAUCGCCAUCAGCAACCCGGCCGUCGACCCGGACUCGCCGCUGGACCCCAGGCAAGCCCGGAGCAUGUUCGUCUGCAGCGACCACUUCCUCCCCACGGAUUACAUCCUUCUGCCCAGGAGACCGCUGCUGAAGAGCACGGCUGUCCCGUCCGUGUUCCCCCACAGACUGCACGCCCUGCCCGGACCCGUCCCCGAGAUACAUGAAGGCACAGAUGGAGAGCCUGCAGAAGUCCUCAGGGAGACGUGGGCGCCGGUGGACUUGGGUGAUGCAGAGCUUGAUCUCGGACAUUCACCGGAACCGUCUGAACACGGAGAGGACGACGACUUCAACGCUGGUGUUUCAUUUAUAAUGCCUGUGAGUGUAAAAGAAACUGAACAGGAACAAAUGGAGAGGAAAACUCCCAGGGCAGCAGGCAAAUCUGGGGAUGGAAGAGAGGAACAAGAAAGGGAAACAGAGGCAGAAGUAAUCAGCUCUCCUAUAUCACCGCUGGAUUCAUCCCCCUCAGAGGACUCUUCCUCUGCGAUGGACUGCGUUAGCACAGUUUUAUCCCUAAAUGGAAGGAAGCCUGGCAGGACAAGUUUGUGUGAAAAAGAGGAUACCGGGAUUAACGAUAAAGAAGGUGACGAGGGAACGUCGGAGAGGGACAUAGUGGAAGACCAAAGGGAAGAAAACAGCUUAGAUGCAAUGAAAAGUGCCGUCAGUGAGGAAACAAAUGUGGACAUGACUUCUUACAGCAAUGUGGAGCCUACAGACAGUAGUAUUACUGACAGGAAGAUGGAUGUAGACUCCAAUGAGGACACUAAAACAAAUGAGGAAAGCGAGGGAGAUGGCAAUUCAGGCAACUCAGUGGAAAUGCCUGAGACAACAGGUGCAGCAAAGCAGCAGAAAACAUUAGGAAGUGACGCUGAGAAAGACAGCUCUGCUAACGUGAAGCCCCUCAGCUGUAAAUUCAUAGAUACCAUCGCCAGCGACCUCGACGAGAUCAUGGACAUUGGGACGGUGGACCAGUUUGAGCAAGAAGCCCAGAUGAAAGAAGAGGAACAGAAGAAUAUCUUUGAUGCAGACAGCAGCAAUUCCUCUGCCCCCUUCUCAAAUACAGAUGACAGGAGGUCCCCCGAGGAGACCGACACCGACGAGAAGCCCAGCGUGUUGCCACCGCCCGAGGACGACGACCAGUCAGAGGACAAGAAAGUGCCUGUGGAUUUGCUGCGUCACAGCUCGUCUCCAUCUUCUGAGGCUACAGCCAGUCGAGGAAGGAAUAUUUCAUCAGCAGCAGCCAUGAUGAAUGGGAUGAAAGUUGUCAAGGUAUCGCUACCAAAACUGGAUCAUGAGAAGCUGCAGCUUCCGACCCUGACGUCGUCUUCCAGUGCCAAAGUCAAGUCAUCACCCUCUCCUCCGCUGGUGAAGGUGAAGGAUGAGCCCUUGGACGAGGAGUACGACCGGGCUCUCAUUUCCUCCGCGUCCACAGCGAGUAUUAAAGAUGAACCGAAUACUCCAAAGGACGACUUGCAGAUCGGCUCGGUUUUCUCUGUGACGGGACACUCCGGGUCCUCCACCGAACUGCAGAGCUUGCCCACCCUCAGCUCCUCGGCCCUGCACAUGGUCUGCUCGCACUGCAAGAAGAACCUGAUGAAGGGGCAGACGGCGUACCAGAGGAAGGGCUCGCCUGCCCUCUUCUGCUCCACCGCCUGCCUCUCUGCAACGCUGACCGUCAUCAAACCAGUCACCAAGAUCUGCCAUUACUGUCUGAAAACCAUAAUGCGGCCCCAGGACGUCAUCCUGGCUCCAGUGGACGUGAAAGGCACCAUGAAGGAUUUCUGCAGCCAAACCUGCCUGUCCGCCUUCAACUUCAAGAGAAACGUCUCCACCAAAAUACCUCUGCAGGCGAUCGUGUCCCAGUCUCUCUGCAGCAUGUGCAGCAGAUACUGCAUUAGCAAACAUGAGGUGAUCUUGAACAGCACCGUCCACAAGAUUUGCAGCGACGCCUGCUUUGUCCGCUUCCGCGCGGUCAACAACCUGUCGAUGGCCAGCUGUGGAAACUGCGGCUCCUACUGCCACAACAAACCCAUCAUGCUGAAGCUGGAGGACAGCAGCAAAACCUUCUGCAAUGCAGAAUGCCUGGCCAAGUUCAAGGAGAAAGUCAAGACCCCCCAGCCUUGCACCAUGUGCCGCAGUUCCCGGGUGAUGUCGGAGAUGGUGGAAAACAAAAACAGCGACGACGUGAUGGACCUCUUCUGCUCCAGCAGCUGCGUGAUGGCAUACAAGGUCCAAACUGUCAGUACAUCAGGUGCCUCUCUGACGUGUGACAGCUGUGGGAAGACCACGGUGCCAGCCUACCACCUCGCCAUGUCAGACACCUCCAUCAGGAACUUUUGCACUCUUCCGUGUGUCAUGGCUUUUCAGGAGAAGUUCAAAUCGAGCCAGAAACAGCUGAAUGUUUUCACUAAGAUGCCGGUACCGUCCACCCAGACCCAAACGCAGACCGCCACCCCGAACCUAACCCCGUCUGAAGUCCCCAAAGGCCUCGCGAAACUGCCAUGCUUCCAGUGCUACCGGCUCAUAAGCUCUAAACCUGAACUCAUUCAGAUCAAGGAUGAGUUGGUUUUCGUGUGCAGCUUGGCCUGCUCUCAGGAGUAUAAGAAGGUGAACAAUGUGACCGGCCUGUGUGAAUACUGUAAAAUCGAAAGGGUCCCCAGAGACACCAAGAGGAUCGACAACAAAGACUGCCACUUCUGCAGUGAUGGCUGCAAGCUGCUGUAUAAACACGACCUGGUGAAGAGCUGGGGGAAGCACUGCCGCUGCUGUGCCUACUGCUUCUCCACCUCCAAGAAGCUGGUGAUGGGACAGUACGGAGGCACCACCGAGGAGUUCUGCUCCGACGACUGCAGGUCCAAGUACACCAUGCUCUUCUGCCACGUUGCCAAGUGUGACACCUGCGGUCGCAAGAAGAAGCUGAUGCAGACGCUGCCCAUGCUCGGGGAGGUCAAACACUUCUGUGACGUCACCUGUCUGCUACAGUUCUGCAGCAGCAAGACGUUUAGUCAGGGCCAGGUAGUCAACAAAGGCACAGUGGAGGCCACCCCAGUCAUCGCUAACGUUAUCUCACUAGCUAGCACUCCCAUUGGACAGCCCAAUGCCUCUGCUAGUACCGCCCAAACAGGUGCUGUUCCUAACGUUCCAAAAAAGAAACUCGGACAUGCCAGCACACAGACGGAUGCGGUGAAGAUGUCCGCUCCUCCUCCCAAAGUCCUGAAGAACAAGGCUCUGCUCUGUCGGCCGCUGGUCCAGAACAAAGGCGUCGCCUGUAAAACACAAACUGUUGAUACAGAUUCACAGACAGACGACCUCUUCCCCAAGGUCAUAGUGCUGCCGGUCCCAGUGCCAGUGUUUGUCCCGGUGCCAAUGAGCAUGUACAGCCAGUACACGCCCAAGCCCGUGGGCCUGCCCUUACCGCUGCCGGUGCCCAUGUUCCUCCCCGUGACGCUGGACAGCGCUGAACGCAUUGUUGAGACCAUCCAGGAGAUAAAGCAGAAGAUCCCAUCCGACCCCUUCGAGGCAGAGCUCAUCCUCAUGGCAGAGAUGGUGGCGGAGGACGAGAGCGGUGAGAAGAAGAGUCGAAAGGACAGAGUGGUGGAGAAGGAGAGGAACAGGCCAGAAUCUCAGGCACCAGAAGACCAAACCAGCAACUACAGCGAUGACUUGGACACAGACGACCUAGCCAGCUUCCUCAAUAACUGGGACGAGCCCUCCUCCGACACGAGCCACAGGUCGCCCAGUCGACCGUACAUCAACGAGAAGCUGCACCCGCUCCUGGACAUCCCUGUGGGCAUGCCCAGCGAGCCCUACUCAGAGCCCCCCCCUCCAGCCCCGCCUCCCAUGGACAUCGAGGCUGAUUUUACCAUCGAAACUCUGGAGAAGAUGGCCCAGCUGAGAGCACAGCCCCAGCGCUCCCCGAGCCCUCCACCUGCCCCUCCCCUCCGACGACAAGCGCACAGAAAAGCCAGGGACAAGAAUAAGGGUCGUAAGUCACAGCGGUUGGCUAAGGCUGAAACAGCAUCUCAAAAAGGCCGUUCCAAAAAGGGAGCAUCCAAGGACCCCCCUAAACUGAAAACUCAGUAUGGAAUUGAUGCCUGGAAGAGAUGGAUCCAGUGGAGGGAAACCCAGCCCAACCUGGAGAAGCCACGCUUCGGCUCGCGCCUCAUGGAGCUGAAGGAGGACGUGCUUCACUGCACCACGGCAGAGCUCAGCUACGGCCUCUGUCGCUUCAUCGCCGAGGUGAAGCGGCCAAACGGAGAGGCGUACUCACCUGACAGCUUGUUCUACCUCUGUCUCGGUAUACAGAAGCAUCUGUUUGAGAACGGUCGAGUGGAGAACAUAUUCACCGAUAUAUUCUACAGCAAGUUUUCCAUGGAGUUCACCAGGAUGCUGAAAGAGUUCAAACCCUCCAUCACAGCCACUGGCUACAUCCACUCGCGUGUGGAGGAGGAGUACCUGUGGGACUGUAAGCAGCUGGGGGCCUACUCCCCCAUCGUCCUCCUCAACACCCUGCUCUUCUUCUGCUGCAAGUUCUUUGGCUUCACCACGGUGGAGCAGCACCGCCAGCUGUCUUUUGCGCACGUCAUGCGCUGCACCAAGACGAGCGCCAACAACACCAAGACCACCUUCCUGCGCUUCUACCCUCCCUUGUCUGUGAACGAGCCGGACGCCAAGUCACCGCCGGGCACGCCCGCGGAUGCAGAUGAAGUCCCAGCUAAGAAGCGCAGGGAGGAAGAGAAUAAAGAGGAGAUCCUGGAGAUGAUGGAGAACAGCGACAACCCUCUGCGCUGUCCGGUCAGACUCUACGAGUUCUACCUCUCAAAGUGCUCGGAGUCGGUCAAGCAGCGCACAAACUUGUUCUACCUUCACCCGGAGCGCUCCUGCGUUCCCAACAGCCCCUUGUGGUUCUCCUCCACCCCGCUGGACGACCACACCAUGGAGGCCAUGCUCAUCCGCAUCCUCACGGUCCGAGAGCUGCACCUCAAGCCCGAGAAAGAGGGAGGGAAAGGGAGGGGGCAGGAGAAGAACGACCCGCUCUAUUUACCGGACGAGGAAGAGGAUUCAGAGUGAUCAAAGUAACCUUUUUGUGUUUCUUUGGGUCACAUCUUGUAUGAGUACAAAAAAAAAAAGAAGUAUGGAUAUUGACUCGAACGCCCAUUUAAACACAUUCCAGUAAAGAAUCAUUCAGUCUGAAUUUCUCUCCCAGACACCUGAACUGCAGUUUCGUGACUCCGACCUCCAUGACCACAUGCUGAGCAGGAUUUGAGGAGGAUCCUGCAGCGCACAUUUUUAUUAUUUUGGCUGUACGGCUGGAACUUGACUGACAUGUCAGACUUGGCUCAACGUUGAGACUGUUCUUUUACUACUGCUCAGCCGGACACGGAGCUGUCCUGCCGCGUAUUCUCUGUUUCUGAGGAGAUGAAAUGUCUUUGUGCUUUACAAAUUAUGUUCAGUUCUCUUUGUUACAAUUCCUUCAGUCCCUGUGCGCCCUGGAUACAGAUUAUUUUUGUUUGUCUGUUUUUUGAUCAUGUUUAUGUCAGCUUUUCCCCAAAGCAGGGUAGAUCUCUUCGUUUAGAAGAGCAGCUGUAACAGCAAAACCAUUCAACUACUGUUGGUUUCAGUAAACGAGGAAAAAUCCACCCUAAAACACCAUUAAAAAAAAAACAACAAAAAACCUUUUGGCAAAGUAUCAUCCAUUUCUUUUCUUUUUUGUAGUUUCUUUCUUGUUGUUUCUCUCAGAGCAGGAAGAUGGUUUCUCUACAAUGUUAGAUCUGUUUUGACUGGAAAAGAUUUCAUUCAGUGUGUUUACACCUGACUGAGGUUCUGUGGUCUCCUCCAGGUCUUCACUGUCUUCAGUCUCAGGUUCAGAGGAGUGUGAGGAGUCGAGCUGGCCGUCAGCUGUCAGGUUGUAAAUCGGCAGCUUGAUCAAAGUUCCUGGCUCGUUCCUCUCCAUCAGCUUCUGUUUCUGUCUGUUCAGUGGAGCUGCUGUGCACCUCUGCUCCCCUCAGUACAGCUCUGAUGAAGCUGUGAGGGCUCACCAUCAUCAUCCUCGCUCUUCACAGGGACAGGAGUGAAUGGGAACUUGAAGCCGCUCUCCCUCCUGAUUGGUCCAGCACAGUGUUGAGCAGCUUCCUCUAGUGACACAUUUCCCGUCUUUGCACCCCACCGUGGUUUUCUCAAACAGCCGGAAACUGUCAGCCGUUGUUAGCCGCUCUGUAUUUUCCAUUUCUUUCUUUUUUUAUGUAGGUGACAUCAUUUGAAGAAACUUGCAGGUGUUAACUCUCAGAAAGAAACAGCAAAGGUUCAUUUCCAGACCCUCAUUUGAUAAUCACACACGGAGGAAUUCAUUGAGAUGAAGUUCUUCAGCAACAUAAGAAGAGCGUAAUGCAGUUUGGUCAUGAGAUGUGUUUUGAGUAAGGGAUGUAUUUCACUUUUCCUGACUUGUUAAACUGUCAUAUUCUCACAUCAAUAUGCUCAUUACCACUAUCAAGUGCAGUUCUGGGUAAUGUGACAAAUAACUUCAGUAGCUGAAGCAGAUGUUGAGGCAGAGUUUUAAAAAAAAAAUCAGGUUAUCCCUCAAAAUACAGUUUGCAUCACAUAUUCAUCACAAAUGAACCAUCACAUAUAUGAUCAUAGAUAUAUGAGGGUGGACUUUUCCUUGAAUAUUGCAUGGUUUAAAUGCUGUUGCAGCCGCCUCUCCGCCUCUCAAGCAGGAGCAGAAAAGCCUCGUUUCUCCAUAAAGCUUAAUUUCUUUUUGUUGACUUUUGUUCCUGUGUUGAGUCAGAUCGCUUCAGAUUGAAAUGUCCAGUCUCUUGAAUGUUAAAGGUUGUUGAUGUGACUCAGGAUUUGUUGAUUUUUUUUUUGUUUGUUUGUUUUUGUUUUUGUUUUUGUUCAAAUGCAAGUAUUAAACAGCGUUUGAUAUA